AUGGGGAAGUAUCAGGGGACUUUUGUGAUUGUUGGCGGAGGAAUAGCCGGCGUGUCAUGUGCAGAAACCAUUGCGUUCUAUUGUCCUGAGGAGAAGAUCGUUCUGCUGACAGAAUCCUCCCUUAUAAAGGCUGUCACGCAGCUGGUGUCGCUGGGAAAAGCCCUGACGCGCUUCGAGGUGGUGGAGAGAAGUGCCGAGACGAUCGGGAAGUGUGUCCAGGUGGUCACAGACAAGUUGUCCAGCGUUAGGACGCGAGAGAAGAUCAUCAUUACUGAGAAAGGACACGAGAUUUCAUACAAAUAUCUUUGUCUCUGCACUGGCGCUCGUCCGAAGGUGAUCGAGGAGAGUCCGAAUGUGAUUGGGAUUCGCGACACGGAGUCUGUGGAGGAGUUUCAGCGGAGGAUUAAGGAUAGCGAGAGGAUUGUGUUGGUGGGAAAUGGUGGAAUUGCCAGUGAGAUUGCGUUCGAAGUCAAAGGCGUGGCGAUUGACUGGGUGAUCAAGGACAAUCACAUGUCCUCCACGUUCCUGGAUCCGGGAGCGGCAGAGUUCUUCAGGCAGCGUCUGCAGGAGAAGCAGCACAAUUCGAGCGCCGGCGGUGCGACGGUGAAGAGGAUGCGCUAUGGCGAGACACAGGGCAGCAGUGGAGCCGCUCUGGGGCCGGAUUGGCAUCGGAUGCUGGAUGUUUGCGGAAAUGCGCGGGAUUUGCCGGACUCUGUCAGCAUUCACAGCGGCUGCGAAGUGAGGAAUGUGCGCAAAAGUGCCAACGGGAGGAAAUUAAGUGUUGACUUGACAAACGGCCGGGCGAUUGAGUGCGACUUUGUCGUCUCAGCGACUGGUGUCGAUCCCAGAAUUGAUUACACUGUGGAUUCGCCUCUGGAGCGUGCCACAGACGGUGGGAUUUCAGUCAAUGAACUCAUGCGAACCUCCGUGGCGGACAUUUUCGCGGCGGGCGAUUGCUGCACGGCGUCGUGGACGCUGCCCGACAACUGGUUCCAGAUGCGCCUGUGGACGCAGGCCAGACAGAUGGGCAUGAUGGCCGGCAAGGCGAUGGCGAUGACCGCGCUGGGGCAGCAGGAGCAGAUUGUGCAGGACUUCUGCUUUGAGUUCUUCGGCCAUGUGACGAAACUCUUCGGGCUGCAGGUUGUGCUGCUGGGCAGAUACAAUGGCCAGGGCUUGGGCACCGGCUACGAAGCCCUGGUGCGCGUGACACCCAAUCAGGAGUACAUCAAACUCGUACUGGUCGGCGGAAGGCUGCAGGGCGCCAUCCUGAUCGGCGAGACGGGCCUGGAAGAGACUUUCGAGAACCUCCUGCUGAACCAACUCGAUCUCACGCCCUUCGGCGCCGAUCUGCUGGAUCCCAACAUCGACAUUGAGGACUACUUCGACUAGAGACACCCUGUAAGAUCACUUGAAUCACUUGAAUACAUGGCGAUGCAGAUGAUAA